AUGAAUGGAAGGGCCCAGACUCGAAUCCUGGCUCCGUGUUGGAGUCCGUUGCAUUCGACUGUGUCGACUAGACUAGAUCCCUUUGCUCCGGAUAUACCGGGAUCGGGGGAAUUGUCUGAUUGUCUGUUGUAUCAUUGUGUUCAUGUUCUAUGGCCCUGUGCGCGGCCCGUUGAUUUCGCACAGGGAAGCUACCAUGCGUAUCUGCUCUCCGGGAGAAAGUCUAUUGUCAUGCAAGCGGUGUUCUAUAGCUCUUCCUUGCACCUUGAUGCUUUAUCAACGUUUCAUGGCGUGGAGAACUACCGGCGCCAUACCGCCGCGCAGUUAUUCUGGAAAGGACAGGUCCUACAACAGAUUCGACUGGAAUUAGCGCAGAUCAACGACAAAACGGCCAGUGAUGAGCUGACAGAUGACAUUCUGCUAUGUAUCCUGUAUCUUGCGGCGAACGAGAAUCUCAAUAGCAUCCCUCCGCCAGAACAGGGGCCUUUUAACCCGCCAUUUAAAAGCCAACAGUUACUAGAGUACUAUGGGAAUUGUCAAUUCCACCCAUUGCAUUGGGAAGCCGUUGAGAAGAUUGUAUUGAGUCGAGGCGGCAUACGCACUGUGAAACUCUACGGUCUGGGCUGGCUGAUAUCUCUCUCGGCCUUGAUCGGUGCAGUCAAUAGUAACACUAAGCCUGUGUUUCCGCUGGUGUAUCCGGACGGAAAGCCGUACAUUUAUCGUGCGCCCCUUCGUGCUCUUAGAGUCCCUGAGGUCUCGCGGUACAGUGCACUCCGUAACCACGGAUUCCAGCAACUCGCUCUUCUGAGCCCUCCGAUCAAAGGGAACCUGAUCCGUGCGUUUCUGGAUCUGGGCGAGCUCACACAAGGGAUUGAGUUUCUUGCCUCUCGUUCGUGUGAUCCCAAUACACUGACACUCGUCGGAAACUCUCGCGCACUUAUCCAGCAUCGGCUAUCGAAUCUUCCGGACUCGAAUGACCAGUCAACCGCAAUACUUCAUCGCAGAACCGACUGCACCUACGCAUACUGCGAAAAACCACGAACCAUUUACCUGGUCUGUCGCACAGCAGCCGUUCUGUAUAGUCUCAACGUGGCAUUCCCGCUGCCACGAACGGCUCGGCAGCGAGCCACAAUGUCCGGUGAGAUACAAAACUUAGCUAUGCAGCUGCAGGGGAAACAGGAAGAUGCAGUCGUAGAGCUUCUUCUCUGGUGCGCUAUGAUUGCUGGGAUCUGCGCACAUGGUGAUUUACGGGAGUGGUUUGUGCGUCAGGCGGGCGAUUGCAUUUGUGCAUUAGGCAUCUGCUCUUGGGAUGAGAUGGUUGUCUUCUUGAGAUCGUUCGCGUGGUUGGGCUGCGCGUCUGAUGAGGCAGGAAAGACGUUUUGGGAUGAGGUUCGUAUGCUCAUGACUUCUGGGCCGUAG